UUAAAUCCAGAUUAUGGCACUAUGUUGUAUAGGCCUAUACAAAGAGCUCUCCCGAGGGGAACAAUUGGAAAACACUGGUGGGACUGGUGUCACUGCUCCACCGAGAUUGACAUAUUUACACUCAUCAGGGGCUAUAUACUGUAAUUAUGGCUAGAUUACCUAUAGAAAGGCAAUGUGGAUACAGGAAUUGGCAGCAGUUGGCAAUAAAGAGAUGUCCCAUCAUGCAGCGCUAGCCUAAUCCUCAAAUCAUCAGCAUCAUUUUCUUCUCUUCACUGCGAGGAGGAGGGACAUCGCACAUGCGCAGAAGAUCCUUUAAACCACACGCGGCUCAAUCACGACGUUUAUCCACCGGACCACUAUGAAUCACACGAGCAGUCUUGUAGGAAAGGCGUGCAAAUGCAGUAAGAGACACUGUAAAUGCUGGCUGUUUGCUCUAUUUCGUUUUGGAUCAUAGCUGUCCUCCUCUAGCUCAAAAUGGGUUAGAGGGAGGAUGCCUGCCUGGAUUAUCCACUUUCAACACUUUGCGAGGAUGUGGAAUUGGAAUAUCUGUUUUUGCAGAGGCAUCUUGACAAAGACGGAGAGAGAUAAUAUAGAUAGCAUUUGAAAUAUAUCUCCACUGUUCUUCGUUUUCUUUCCUUGUUUAUUUUUUUGAGAAAUGAUUGCAGAAUUCGUUUGCAGCGCCGUGGCUUUGGUCCUCUAUGUCAACACUCUGGGCGCCGAUUUCUGCUACGAUGACAGCCGUGCGAUCAAAACCAACCAGGAUCUGCUACCAGAGACUCCGUGGAUCAACAUCUUCUACGAUGACUUCUGGGGCACCCUGCUCACCCACAGCGGCAGCCACAAGUCCUACCGGCCCCUGUGUACCCUCUCCUUCCGCCUCAACCAUGCCCUGGGUGGCCUGGAGCCCUGGGGCUACCACCUGGUCAACGUGGGCCUCCAUGGAGCCGUCACGGCCCUCUUCACCUGGCUGGCCCGCUUGCUGCUAGGAGAGGGCCUGUGGAGCCUCCUGGCUGGGUUAUUGUUCGCCUCGCAUCCCAUCCACACAGAGGCGGUGGCGGGCGUGGUAGGCCGUGCCGACGUGGGCGCCGCCCUCUUCUUCUUGCUGUCUCUGCUGUGCUACGUGCGUCACUGUGCCCUGCGAGGGGGCCCUGCGGGGCCCUGCAGGCUGGGGGCCUGGCUCCUGGGCAGCCUGGGUUGUGCUGCCUGCAGCAUGCUGUGGAAAGAGCAGGGGGUGACGGUAUUGGCCGUGUCGGCACUCUAUGACGUCUGUGUGUUCCACCGGCUCAAGUUGCGUCAGGUCAUCAUGCUCUUCUACAAGAGGAGGAACGUCCACCUGCUGUUGAGUGUGUUGCUGUUGGCUGCCUGGGGGGCUGUUCUGCUGGUCUGCCGCCUUUACUGGAUGGGUAACAAACCACCCAACUUCUCCAACUCAGACAACCCAGCGGGGGACUCCCCGUCCCUUCUCACCCGAGCACUUACCUUCCUCUACCUGCCCGCUGUCAACAUGUGGCUCCUCCUCUGCCCGGACACGCUGAGCUUCGAUUGGUCCAUGGACGCCUUGCCUCUGAUCAGAGGCAUUGUCGAAUGGAGGAACCUUCAUACUGUGGCCUUCUAUGUGGGACUGCUCCUCCUGACUUGGUUUGGGCUUUGCACCCGCCGGGUCAAGGGCAAGGAAACCAACGGAAAAACCCAUCAUGUAACCAACGGCAACGGGAAGUCCAACACCAAUGGACACAGCUAUUACCACCCUGACCUUCCCGACCACACAAACUCUGAAACAGAGCCUCACCCUGCCAGUGCACAAAACGGUACCAAAAAGCAUUACGUCACGAGGACUCGACUGCCCACCACUGAGAAUGUAGUGGCGUUCUCCUUGGGCCUACUGGCCAUCCCUUUCCUCCCUGCCACCAACCUGUUCUUCUACGUGGGCUUUGUGAUAGCAGAGAGAGUACUGUACAUCCCCAGUAUGGGUUUCUGUCUGCUGCUGGCGGUGGGGCUGAGGUCCCUGUACGUGCGGCUGAGGCGGAGGUCGUCCAGGACUGUGGUGGUGUACUGUAGCGCUGCCAUGGUCCUGCUGUUUGGGGUUAAAACGGUGCUGAGGAACCAGGACUGGCAGAACGAGGAGAUGCUCUACAAGUCAGGAAUAUACGUGAAUCCUGCUAAAGCAUGGGGCAAUCUUGGAAACGUCCUAAAGAACCAGGGCAAGAUGGCGGAGGCGGAGCAGGCGUACAGGAACGCCCUCUACUACCGCCGGAACAUGGCAGACAUGCUGUAUAACCUCGGUUUGCUGCUACAAGAAAACAACAAGUUCUCUGAGGCGCUCCACUACUAUAAACUGGCCAUUGGGAGCAGGCCAACUCUGGCUUCAGCCUACUUGAACACAGGGAUCGUCCUGAUGAACCAGGGGAGACUGGAUGAAGCCAAGAGGACCUUCCUGACCUGCGCCGAUAUCCCCGACGAGAACCUGAAAGACCCCCACGCCCACAAGAGCUCCGUUACCAGCUGCCUAUACAACCUGGGCAAGCUGCUCCAUGAGCAGGGGCACCAGGAGGAGGCCCUCACGGUGUAUAAAGAAGCAAUACGGAAAAUGCCAAGACAAUUUGCACCUCAGAGCCUUUAUAACAUGAUGGGAGAGGCCUACAUGAGACUGAACAAGCUGACCGAUGCCGAGCACUGGUACAAAGAGUCCCUGAGAGCCAAGCCAGACCACAUCCCAGCACACCUGACCUACGGCAAACUCCUCGCCCUCACGGGUCAGAAGACCGGAGCAGAGAGGUACUUUCUGAAGGCCAUCCAACUAGACCCCACUAAAGGAAAUUGCUAUAUGCACUAUGGUCAGUUUUUGUUGGAGGAGUCUCGUCUUCUGGAAGCGGCUGAGAUGGCUGAGAAGGCGGCGCGUCUGGACAGCGGGGAGUUUGAUGUUGUCUUCAGUGCAGCCCACAUGCUCAGACAAGCCAGUCUCAACGACGCAGCCGAGAAGUAUUAUGGACAGGCAGCCAGCAUAAGACCUAACUAUCCAGCAGCCCUGAUGAACCUGGGGGCCAUUCUCCAUCUCAACGGGAAGCUGCAGGAGGCGGAGACCAACUACCUGCGAGCGUUGCAGCUGAAGCCAGACGACACCAUCACCCAGUCUAAUCUGCGUAAACUGUGGAACAUAAUGGAGAAACAGGGCCUGAGGACAAUGGGGCCGUGAGUUAACUCACCAGCCAGUCAGCCAUCUGUGCAGCAGGCCUGGGGAAGAAGUGGGCCGCUGCUCCCUUGGAGGAGAAACUGGGGUAGUGAGGAUGGAGGAGGACAGCAGAAAAAGGCACAAGACUGCAGAACGCUCCUUGUGACUCUUCACUACUCCUCAGGCCAGGAGUAGCUUCCCUGGGAGGGUGUCCGUUGUGAGGAGCACUACCUUUGAAUAAUGUCUUCCUGGAACUUUGUCCAAAAUGUGUGCUCUCCCAGGGUCUGUGAAUCUCUACCAGAGCACUUAAUUUGAAGUGGGCCAUAGGUUCAUACUUGAAGUCUUGUGAUUAAUUAGGAAUUUAAUUAGUUAUAGAUGCUUAUAGGAUCAUGUAGGACAACGUUUGUCCUGGGGCAGAGUCCCAAGGCGCUGCCCUCCGAAGCAGGAACACUGCAGUAGAAGUUACGCUUUUUUUCUCACCGCCGAAUUAAGUUUCUGGUCUAAUGAAAGUUGUGUUCAUUGGCUUCUGUGCACAUCAGUGAAACUCAUGGCAUGAUAUAGGAGAUAACAGCUUUAACGAUACAUUCUCAAAUUGAACUCAACUAGUGGUGACCAGGACUGACAUUCAUUGUGAUUGUUUAUGAGAUUUCACUGAUUUAACACGUUGGACAUUGAGACCUACAGCUCCUGCAAAGAGAUGUAGCAGAUUGUUGAGCAUCGUUGAGUGAUUCAAAAAAGUAACCCACUGAUCGAUAUCGUCUUAUAAAUAACACUUCCACAAGAGAAAACAGAUACCGUAUAAAUGGAACAUGUGCUCUCAGGGUACAGUCAAGGAGCGCUCUGAGGAUUUCCCACCCUGAAACAUAUGAAUCCAGAGAAUAUAAUUUGCCAAAAGACACAGUGUUAGUUGUGAGAGAAAAUACCAAUAAGAUAGUUUGAAGGAAAGGUGAAAUGAAUUUGAGCUGGAGUUUCUGUCAUUAUUUGCUAACUCUAUCAUGCCUUACUAUGUGAAGGCGCAAAACUAUUCCAUGUAAAUGUAGCAGUGAAUUUCAAAUUGCUUCUCUAGGCUUGUUGUUUCAUAGAGUGACAUAACAUGGCUCCUGUGUAGGUCAGAGCCAUAUAUUAAGAUGAGUAUAUGGCUCCUGUGUAGGUCAGAGCCAUAUAUUAAGAUGAGUAUACGGCUCCUGUGUAGGUCAGAGCCAUAUAUUAAGAUGAGUAUAUGGCUCCUGUGUAGGUCAGAGCCAUAUAUUAAGAUGAGUAUAUGGCUCCUGUGUAGGUCAGAGCCAUAUAUUAAGAUUAGGAUAUGACUCUGGUGUAGGUCAGAGCCAUAUAUUAAGAUUAGGAUAUGACUCUGGUGUAGGUCAGAGCCAUAUAUUAAGAUUAGGAUAUGACUCUGGUGUAGGCUACUAAUGUCUCCUUGGAUAAUUUACUUCGAGGAAGGUAGCUAAUGUGUUUUGAAAGGAAAUGGCAAAUUACCUUCCCAUGGUACUUAACAUUAGCCCCCCCCCCCAUCAGCUGACAUGCUAGUUGGAGGUUUGGACAGCAGCAGAGAACUGAAGGCUUCCCCUCCCUUCGCAAUACAAGACAUGAUAAGAGGACAGUUGGAAGUCAUCGUUGAUGUCUGAAAUCUUAUAACCAAGUAGCCGUCAAACCGAUGCACUCCAUUACAUAACAAUGCACAGUCAUAGUUUGUCUAAGGGAAUCUUUUAAUGCAAUAUUGCUUUGUUUGAAAAUGUUCCUUUUCUUUUACUUGUAUGUAUAUAUGGAUUUGAAUAUAUACAGUAAAAACCUACAUACAGUAUAAUAGACAAUAGUCUGACUUGCAAGGGAAGGUCAGUGCCCACCCAGCAAGUUCAGUAUGUGUAAGAUAUUAAUAAUUUUUCCUAGCAUCAAAACAUCAUGUUCUCUCACUCUUUUCAGUCUUACAUGUCAAUAUUGUAUAUAUUCUGUGUAAUUUACAUCUACUUGGUUGUUGUCAUAAAACAUUUUUUACCACCGUUUAUUAACUGUAUCUCCAACUUGGAAGAAACUUUAUUUUGGAGAAACAGAUAAUCCCGCUAUGACAUUUAUGUUUAUUGUAAAGAAGCCCACAGCCACCGGGCGGUUGAAUAUUUGUAAGUUAUUUCUUUGUGUUAUCUUGGCAUAUAAACCAGCUGGUACUGUGUUACAUUUCCAAGUGUAUGUUGAAGAUAAGAUUAGUAAGAUAAGAUAAGUAUUGAUCCAUUUCACUUUAUGAAAUGUGAUAUACCUGUACACGUUUGUCUAGAAGACUUUUCCUUGCGAUUCUGGCUGAAAAAAUACAACCAUUUGACUCCAAAAUUCAAACAGAAGCAUCUUAAUUUUGCUCAAAUAUUGCACUUGACACAAAGAAAACAAAGUUCAUGAUAAUUGAAAUGACUAGCAAAACGGCAAAAGUAUUUAAACAUUGCAUUUUCUUGUGCUGUCCACUUCCCUACACAGUGACCCCAUCCUCAGAGGUCAUAUCCAGUGCUUUAUGGAGUUAGUAGUAUGAUAGUUGCCUUGUUCUUUUUGAACAUUAAGCAUGUAUGAGCCCUGUUCCACUCUGUACGUAACCUCUGUUCUCAUGUCUGUCUGUCAGUCUUUUGAAAGCACAGCACGGCAGUCUGUCUGUCCGGCUGGAGCUCGAUAGCUCUACUGGUUCUUACUGUCGUAACGGUUGCGUUUGUCUCGACUGCAUCAACACUGUGGUGUAUUUUGCUAUGAUCACCAUGUCUAUCUGUCUGAUAUAAUGAAGUGUUGAGCUCGGUUAUCACCAUGAAGUAUUCUACCCUCACACCUUCUCCCCAACACCACCAUCCCCCAUCACAAGUUGUGCUAAUUUGUCUUGUGUAUAAAGUGUUGAUGAACAAACGAGUGUGUGUCUGAAGAUGGAAAUAAGUGUUUCAUUCUGUGUCUCUGCUCAGGGAUUUCAAGCGGUGGGUUGUAUUGCAGACUCAUGCUCACAGAGCACUCAGAGUUUCUAAAGUUAUAUUUUUGGAAAGUUGUAUUUGUAUAAAUUAUCAAGAUUUGUAGCCUUUGCUUUUUUGUAAUAUAAAAAAAAACGUGCCAGAAUAGACUUUCCCAAUGUUUCUUUUUUUUCCACAAUAAAAUAAUGGUGUUCUGCUUUCAU